AUGGACCCUCUAGCCGCGUUUGGGGACCUUGAGGACAACUCGCCCAAUGGUGCGAUUUGGGCGGCAGAAACGGCACCAGCUAGUUCUGGAGUCGCUUGGAACAAUCAUUCGUUGGAUCAGAGCUCGAGCUCUGGGGCCAAUGCUCAGGGGAAUACCGAUGUAAAAACUGUGGCCACCGGGGCGACCAAGGCAACCAGAGAAGGCGCGGGCGCCUCAAAACGAACACAAUACCGGUUUAAUAUCAAGGUAACGAACAUUGAGCUCAAUAAGAAUGACCCAAUUGUAUGGUUUGAUGUUUCGACCUCGUUACCGAGAUUCAGGGCCCGAGCAUUCAAGGAUGUUCGCCGGACUUAUAGUGAGCUAAGGCGAUUCGCCAAUCAUCUGGCUAAUGCGAAUCCCGAAUGCUUUUUGCCAUCUUUGCCACCUGCUCGAACCUCGUUCCCGCAGUCUAGUGAGGAGAAUCUCACCAGGCUGAAAGCGAACUUCCAACGGUGGUUCGAUCGAGUGACUAUGAGCCCUCUUUUGGCUCGCGAUGAGGAGUUUCUAUAUUUUGUCGAGUCCUCGUUCGGUUAUACACCAGUGGUCAAAGUCAGUGUGCCAUCUACAGGCCUGGCCCGCAAACUGAUCAAACAAAUGCAGCCGCCGGAGGACGAGGUGGAGGAGCUGCGAGAUUUCCGUCCAGUAGCCAAACUGGUUUAUCAAUAUGCUCAGGAGGGUGUCGUCAAAAUGAAAAAGGUGUCUAAGGCUCGAAGGGAGUUGGCAAGCAGCCUGCAAGAGUAUGGUGCGCAGCUUGAGAACUUCGGUAAUACGCCCUUUCAGCGAGAUCUUACACCACUCUGGGGCAAGUUAGGCAAAACGACUGUUUUGACUGGUGACAUGGAAGCCGUCAAAGCCACGAUGGGGGAUGCACUAUACGCAGAUGCCCUCGAGAUUGUAUCCCAUGAUGCGUAUAUUGUCAAAGAGACACUGACGAAUCGACACUUUGUGAUGAGGGAUCUACUAAAGGCACAGGCCCAAUCACGAACAAAGCAUCAAAAUGUAACCAAACUUAAAGGAGCAACUGCCAUUUCAGCGGCCAAAGUUGAAGAGGCUAUUUCGCAGUUGGAAGACGCCACUCAGCUCGAGAAACGAAUCACCAGCACAUGCCGUCGAAUCACCAACAAUCUUGUGGCCGAGAAAAAGCAAGUUCUUGUCCGCCUAGAGUCAGACAUCUUGAAUGCUGUCCAGGAAUAUGCAAUUCGGAUCAUUGAUGUCGAGCGAAGGCUGCUGAGUUCGUGGGAAUCAAUCAAACGCAACGUUCGCGCUGCCGAUCCAGAAGGAGGUCUCCAUAAACUCGGACGGGACCCCGGUAGUGUUCGUACGGCGCCAAUUGUACCAUCCCAGGCACGUGGUGGAGAUAGCUGGAGUGACCGCUCGACUCGGGCUAAGGACUCUCGCACAAAGACGACUGUUCGUAAUGAGGUCCUGGAUGCCAAGAUGGCUGCACAACUUCUUGCCGACCACGGAACGGGAUAA